CGGGGUUUCUUAUACUGAUUCAGGGAGACCGCACCCCAUCAUAGGAAAAGGGAAACUGAUUAAUGCCGGCCAGAGAGCAGUGAUUUCGGGAGACUGUAUGACCGAAUAGUGGGAGUUUUCGGGCCCCCUUUUUAUAUAUUGAUAUUUUUUUCUUUUUUAAAAACUAAUCAUGUCGGAACUGGAACAGCUACGACAGGAAACUGAACAGUUAAAAAAUCAAAUCAGGGAGGCAAGGAAAGCUGCUGCUGAUACCACUCUCAGCCAAGCUGCCUAUGGCGUCGAACCUGUUGGACGGAUACAGAUGCGCACCAGGCGUACCCUUAGAGGUCACUUGGCCAAAAUAUAUGCCAUGCACUGGGCAACAGAUUCUGCAAAUCUAGUAUCUGCUUCACAAGAUGGUAAAUUAAUUGUAUGGGACGGAUAUACUACAAAUAAGGUACAUGCGAUACCUUUAAGAUCUAGCUGGGUAAUGACAUGUGCCUAUGCUCCGUCAUGUAGCUACGUAGCAUGUGGAGGCCUCGACAACAUCUGUUCUAUCUAUAGUUUAAAAACACGAGAAGGAAACGUAAGGGUCAGUCGGGAGUUGCCUGGACACACUGGUUAUCUGUCUUGUUGCCGCUUCCUUGAUGACAACCAAAUAGUAACAAGCUCUGGGGACAUGUCGUGUGCAUUAUGGGAUAUUGAGACAGGUCAGCAGACAACAGCGUUCACUGGUCACACCGGGGAUGUGAUGAGUCUGUCCUUGGCACCAGAUAUGAAGUCAUUUGUCUCGGGGGCAUGCGAUGCCUCAGCAAAGCUAUGGGAUGUCAGAGAUGGAAUGUGCAAACAAACAUUUUCAGGACAUGAAUCUGAUAUAAAUGCAAUCACUUAUUUUCCGCACGGUUACGCAUUUGCAACUGGGUCUGAUGAUGCCACAUGCAGGCUUUUUGAUAUCCGUGCUGAUCAGGAAAUUGGCAUGUACUCGCACGACAAUAUCAUCUGUGGUAUUACGUCUGUGGCCUUCUCUAAGUCAGGUCGUCUGCUCCUCGGUGGUUAUGAUGAUUUCAACUGCAAUGUUUGGGAUGUCCUAAAGCAAGAUAGAGCCGGAGUGCUAGCAGGUCAUGACAACCGUGUGAGCUGUCUUGGUGUCACAGAGGAUGGAAUGGCUGUCGCCACGGGAUCCUGGGACAGUUUUCUUAAGAUCUGGAAUUGAGCCAAGUAUUAGUUAGCCCAUCCGAGGGGAAAUAUACAAGACUUAUUAUUUAUAUCUUAAAACUCAUGUGCCCGUGUUAUAUGGGGGAAAGUAACAGUGUAUUCACACCCAUUAUGGAAACUAUUGUUUUAACAGCUGCGAGGAUAAACAAACUUGUGGUUAAUCUUCCUCUUUUUUUUUUUGUAUUAUCAUUUAAUUUUUUUAUGAUGGAAAAAAAAAAACUGAAUAGGAACUAACUUUCCACGGGACAUAAUGGAUAUUUUUAUGGGAUGGAUUUACAGAAGUUAGGUGGAAAGUGUCACGAAACAGUUGACACUUGGUGUGAAGAGCCCACUGGGCAUAAAGUGUAAGGGAGGUGCCGUGGUAUAUGUGCAUUUACUGAUGGGCUAUUCUAACUGGCAUCUGAAGACCAGCAUUUGUUACCAAAAACAAAUGUCAAAUCAAAGAACUUGAAAAAAUGACUGGUUCCCAUGAAACAAGGCCGAGCUAACAGUACAUCAGAAUAUAUCACAGCUCAUGACAUCAUAUAAGCUUUCUUGGAAGAAAGAUCUUGUGUAUAAAUAAUUAUUACAAUAUAUUCCUUGUCUGUGUGUGUUACAGCAGGGGGACCAUUUCAUCUAAAAAUGGGCCCACAAAAUCUAUUCCCCGUAUAACAAGCCGUGACUGAGGUCGGACUACGUGUUCCGUAACUCGACCUUACAUGUCUGGGAUCGUUCUAACGCUUAGGUGACUGCGAGUGAGGAACAGCUAACGACACAUGUGGAUUAUGAUUGUGAUUUUGUUUUAAACAUUUCAUGUCCUCUUUGUUCAAUCAUGCAAGUGCUCAUUGAUGACGAAGUCUGCAUAUAAAUGAUUGACUGGUAUCUUCUAUAAAUGCCUCCAGAAAUUACUUUAAUAUGGUGAAAAUGGUGUGUUUUUUUCUGAAAAUAUCAAAUUAUUAAUUUAAGAAAGAAAAUAAUUGUUUUAGAAGGUUAUACAGAAAUCAAAACUAGUUCUAUACUUUUUCUUCUGGUAAGAAUUUAACCUGAGCUUAUUACCUAGAUGUAUAUAAUUGGAAGUGAUACAGGCAGGGUGGGUUUUAUGUAUGCGUGAUGAACUUGUUGAUGCAUGAUAUAUGAUAUUUAUGUAUAUGUAGAUACGAAUGUAUUUCAUUAUAAACUAGUAUUGUCUUCUAUUUCGAAGGUUUUAGUGCAAUGAAAAAUGAAAAGAUUAACAACAUACAGCAUGUAAAUGCCUGUUAAUGUUUCUUUUCUCAAUUUCCCUUCCCUCUACCCCAGUUUGUAUAAAACUUGAUGUUUUCACUUCUCAGCUUUGACAUGGUCUACACAUUGAUGUAUAUAUAGCAGUGACAAAGCUGCUGGUAUUUAACUAACCUACCUGCCUUUUACAAUGACGUGACGUCUGAGUAUCAAACAGUUGGAUUCAAUUAAAACAUUUUGAUCGUGAAAACAUACUGCUAUCUCCAAAGGAACAAAUUUUGAAGAAAAACCUCCAUACAGUCUGUGGGGUUUCCGUAAGGUAUCAUUAAACUGGACCUAUGUGAAAGUUACGUGGCCUUGCUUGCUGUUUGUACAUGUUUGUAGGUCCUUCUAGAAUUCGCUUGCACUUCAAUUUUAUCAAAUCUGUGUUAUUUGGAAAUGGAUUUAAAAGACUGUGGAGCUUUGUAAGGCAAUGUGUGCGGAUUGUAUAUUUGCCUGUUUCGUAAAAACCAAUGUUCAGCAUUUCCUUACAGGGAGUCUAUCCGAACUGUGGUCUUGAUUUGAAUGUUAUUAUUGAGCAAAUGUUCACAAACCAGCCAUGCCAACAAAGUACAUGGGGCUAAAAAAAAUCAUACAAAAAAAUGUGUUCUGAAAUGUUGUAUAUUCAAUUGUACUAUCUGGAUAGCAUGUUGCACCUAUGGAUUGGGGUGCAUGUUGUUUCCAAGUAUAUAUAUAUAUACAUAAUUAUUAUUUUUUUUCCUUUAUUUUUUUUUGUUGCGUUUUCUCUUCAAACAUGGCAAAAACUGAAUGAAAGAAAGCGCACAUCUCUUCCGUAUAACUCACCAGUAUCAGGACCCUGAUACAAUAUAGUAAUAUAUGUCAAGCUCGGCAUGGAAAGGGAGCGAGAAUGAAUGGUCGUAUGAAUGUUUGCAUUUGGUGGUAUAGGUAAAGUGAAAGCAAUCUGACCCAUGAUCCUGUCUGGGUCAGUCUGAUGCUUGUGUAUGAUUAUUUACAACCCAGAUUUUGGUCUUCAAGGUUAAUAGGUCAGUCAAUCUUAGUCCCUUGAGUGUUUGUAUUGCAACAUGUGCAAGUGUAACUUUUUAUUUUCUUGUGACAGAUGUGUGUGAACUGAUGCAUGUUGAAAAUGUAGAUAGACUUUUAUCCUGAGGAUUUUCAAAUAUUUCUUCUAACAAAACAAAUUGCUAGACCAAAAUUUACUGAAUCAUAUACAAACAACGUCUUUUCAAGAUAAUUCAUUUCAUCUACUUGUAAACAUUAUACAUAGAGAGCAUAGGUUGAUGUGAAUUUUUUAGUACUGACUAUUCUCUCAUUUCGUUUUUAUAGAUAUUUUUGUUCUUUUUUUUUCUUACAAAUUCCAGAACAAAAAGUACACAGAUUUAGUUUUCCUUUCAGUGAUGCUAAAUCUGUAACUACUACUGUCAAGAUAGUACAGGGAUGUCUUUUCUGAUUCAGUGAUACUAACCUGGAGACCUAAUGUGAAAUGUAAUGGUGAACAGAUUUUUUUUCCUAUAAGAAAACUGCCUAUAAACUAUUUAUUGCCAAUAGCAAUGCCUGUCGUUCCUAGAGAUAGAUACAACACAACACCUACUGUCUGUAAGGUUCAAUUACUUCGGUUAUCAAAUGCCCUCAAUGCCAUGCUCUAGCGGCUCCUCUGUAAUCCUCAAAUAUAAGGUUUCUUCCUAGUUUUGGCAGGUCAUGUACAUAGAUACUGUACCAAUACACCAACAGGAAGUGUUCCUGUUCAAAAAGUAAUCUAAAGAUCGAAUUCUACUCAUUUACCGAUGACCUCAGAUUUAAAAACUGCAUAUGUUAACGGCAAUACGUAAUUCACUAUGGACUCUGAAGGUACAAGGGGCGUGAUUACUGAAAUAAUUAUCUUGGAGAUGAAGAGUUCGGACUACACUAGCCGUUGGACUCUGGUGUAACAGUUGUGUUAGGUGGACAGGCAGGUUCCUUUCUUGUCCUAGUGUAAACGUGAUGUGUGCUAGAUAUAUCUCACCAUCCGCAUCUGUGUGUCUAUUUGAACUAGUCCUACACAUUAAUUAUGAAUAUUAUAUUGUGAAAAUUAUCUGUCAGUGUCAGUGUAACUGUAUUUUUCAUUUGUCAAUAAAGCUUUUUUGUCAUUAAU